GAGAGAGAGAGGUACUAACAUGUUUUCUCACGCAUCUCAUCUGCCUACCAAUUCAACAUUCUAUUUUCCGACACAGUCAAAACUUUCAACUCUCUUCCUCUUUGUCGGUCUACUGCGACCUCAACUGCAUGGUCACCACUUCCAAUGGCGGAGAUUGCGCAGGACGACCAUAACUGCAAGCAGAAACAGCUGAUGAUCAUGCAAAUGCACGGCGCCCGGAAACCCAACCUCAUCGACAAACCUCAUCAAAACCAUAGCAUAAAGCAGGCUGAAGAAGUGAAGCUAGCCGCCUUAGCAAUCAGCUUCAACGUCCGGCUGAGAGCCGCCGACAUGCCUUCCGCCAUGCAAGAGCGCGCCCUCCGCCACGCCCGUGCUCUGCUCGACUCCGCCGACCCCCAUCGCCCCAAUCCCACCCUCCUCGCCCGCUCCCUCAAAAAGGAAUUUGACUCGGUGUAUGGGCCGGCGUGGCACUGCGUGGCGGGGAAGAGUUUCGGGUCGUUCGUGACCCACUCGCCGGGCGGGUUCGUCUAUUUCUCAGUUGACUCGCUUUCGUUUCUUCUUUUCAAGACGGAGGUUCAUGUCGUUGCCCAACCAUCGCCGAAACCUCCAUCUUGAUCCAUACAUUCAAAUUCCGAGGCUGUUGUUCAAACUCUGCUUUUCCUUCAGAGAAGAAAAUGAAAAUACUACUCGGACAACGUACGUAAGACAUCAAUCUUUGUACCUUUGGUAGAUUUUGUUUGCUGUGAUCUCAAGUUUAAAAGAAGAUUAUGAAAUUUGAGGUUUACUCAUGUAAUCAUUAAUGGUUUUCAUAUUUUACGAGACAGAUAAACACCAAAUGUAGUAAAAUAUAGAUGUCAUUACAUGAUUAUGGUUCAAUAGAAGCAGCAGCCCUCAUCAGGUGGUCCCUUGAGC